AUGGUGGUGCUGCACAGCACCGACACGGGGAGCGAUGGGGUAUGUGUGCCGUUGGAACCCUUCCUGCACCAGGUUGGCGGCCACCUGAGCAUGCUGCAGUACGAUGCACACACAGUCUGCAAGCCCCUUAACUCCCAAGAGCAGAAGUUCUAUGAGUCCCUGCCCCUGGCCAUGAGGUGUUUCACCCCGCAGUACAAAGGUACCAUCACGGUGCACCUCCGGAGAGACAGCAGAGGCCAUCUCGGCCUGGUCGCCAACCCACUGAAGGAGAACUUGGAGCCUCUCCAGGUCUCCCCAGAUUCCAGAGCCGUAGCCAUCUGGCAGACACUUCAGCAGCCAGCCAGCAAUGGGAGCAGCCCCCGUCCCCUGGCUCAGCUGGCACACUCACUCAAGGAAAGCACAGCCAAGGUGCUUUUGAGCUCUGACUGCCACCUCAGCACGCAGGCCUCCCCACAGGAGGAAAGUGCAGAUGGGAGCCAGGUGGAAAGAAGGGGCUUUAACCCUUGGGGACUGCACUGUCACCAAGCCCACCUGACCCGCCUGUGUUCUGAGUACCCAGAGGACAAACGGCACCGGUUCUUGCUCCUGGAAAAUGUGGUAUCACAAUACAAGCAGCCCUGCAUCCUGGAUCUAAAGAUGGGGACUCGGCAGCAUGGGGAUGAUGCGUCGGAGGAGAAGAAGGCCCGUCACAUGAAGAAGUGUGCGCAGAGUACUUCAGCCUGCCUGGGCGUGCGCAUCUGUGGCAUGCAGGUUUAUCAAACUGCUAAGAAGAGUUUUCUCUGCAAAGACAAAUACUACGGAAGGAAACUCUCGGAGGAGGGGUUCAGGCAAGCCCUUUCCCAGUUCCUCCAUGAUGGAACCCGCCUACGCACAGAGCUCCUGGAGCCCAUCCUUCGCAGGCUGCAGGCUCUGCUCACGGUCAUCCGGAGCCAGAGUUCCUACCGCUUCUACUCCAGCUCCCUCCUCAUAAUCUACGAUGGGCAGGAGACCACUCAAGGCAGCCCGUCCGGUGCCCCUGCCAAAGUCGAUGUCCGAAUGAUUGACUUCGCUCACGCGACGUACAAGGGUUCCUGGAAUGAGCACACCACCCACGAGGGACCAGAUCCUGGCUAUAUUUUUGGCCUUGAAAACCUCAUCGGGAUUCUACAGGAUCUCCAAGAGGGAGAAUGA